AUGGAGGCCUCCUCAAGAUUGGAGCUUGAACAAGCGCAUGCUGAGCUUUGGAACCUCACCUUUAGCUACCUUAAGUCCAUGGCGCUUGAGUGUGCGGUACAACUCAACAUCCCCAAUGUUAUUCACAACUUUGGUGGCAGUGCCUCUCUACCCAAUAUUCUCUCUGCCAUCCCAGUUCCUGAACAUAGGAGGCCCUAUCUUCCACGCCUCAUGAGGUUUCUUGUUGUAUCAGGCAUUCUUUCCUUUGAUUCUCCCACCUUAGGGGAGGGUAUGUACCAACUCACCCCAUUGUCACGCCUUCUCGUGGAUGACACCCACAUCAAUGGGUGUGGGAGCCUUGGGCCAUUUGUGCUCUCCCAAACCACAAAGUACCAUGUCUCAUCAGCCACAUACUUAUCUGAGUGGUUCAAGGGUGAGGACGGGAUGGGGCCUAUGGCUGCGGAGAUGCCAUUCAAGAUGGCUCAUGGCACAGGCCCAUGGGGUGCCCUAGGGCGUGAUCCACAAUUCAACAAAGUCUUUAAUGCUGGGUUGGGAUCUAAUAGUCGGCUUGUGCUAGACUUUGUUGUGGCCCAAUAUGGUGAUGUGUUUGAUGGCAUAAGCUCACUGCUCGAUGUUGGAGGGGGGGAUGGUAGCACAGCGAGGACCAUUGCAAAGGCUUUCUCACAUGUCAAGUGCUCAGUGUUGGACCUCCCAAUUGUUAUUGCUGACAUACAGCCGGGUGAUGGCUUGGUUGACUAUAUUGCAGGUGAUAUGUUUAGCUCAAUCCCACCGACUGAUGCUAUUGUGCUUAAGUAUGUGCUGCAUGACUGGAAUGAUGAUGACUGUGUCAAGAUCCUAGAUCAAUGCAAAAAGGCUAUACGUUCUUGCAAACCAGCUGGAGGAAAAGUGAUAAUCAUAGAUACAGUGGUUGGAUCUCCUUUGAAAGAGAUGUUCGAAGCGCAAGUCACAUCCGAUUUGUUGAUGAUGGUGAUAGCCGGGGGUAAGGAGCGUGAUAAGCAAGAGUGGCACAAGAUAUUCAUGGAGUCAGGAUUCAAGGACUACAAGAUAAGGCCAGUUCUGGGAUAUCUGUCAAUCAUCGAGCUGUACCUGUAG